AUGGCUACUGUCAUUGGCACUAUGAUGCGUCUCCUGCUUCUAGCCUGGUUGCCUUCUGGGAUGACCCACCAAGACCCCCCGUUCCAGGGGAAUCUCCGAAGGCAUGGGACCCUGAGGUGCUACUCUGCUGAGGAGCUGUCUCGUGGCCAGGCUCCCCCACACCUGCUAACCCGAAGUGCCAGGUGGGAGCAGGCCCUCCCUGUGGCCCUGGUGUCCACUCUGGAGGCCACGGGCCACAGGAGACAGCAUGAAAGACUAGCUGGAACACAGUGCCCCGUGCUGCGGCCAGAGGAGGUGCUGGAAGCUGACACCCACCAGCGCUCCAUCUCACCAUGGAAAUAUCGCAUUGACACAGACCAGAACCGCUACCCACAAAAGCUGGCGGUGGCAGAAUGUCUGUGUCGUGGCUGCAUCAACGCCAAGACGGGCCGGGAGACAGCCGCCCUGAACUCUGUGCAGCUGCUGCAGAGUCUGCUGGUGCUGCGGCGGCAGCCCUGCUCUCAAGACGGUGCCUCAGACCCUACACCAGGAUCCUUCGCCUUCCACACUGAGUUCAUCCGAGUGCCUGUGGGUUGCACCUGUGUUCUUCCCAGGUCUGCACAGUGA